AGCAAAUCCAAGUAGGGGAUCUAGAAGAAUUGUUUUUCUCUGUAACUGUUUUUUACUCGUUUCAUUAUAAAUUUUCAAGUCACAAUGUCUGAUGAUUCCGAAUAUGACGUAGAACCGGAAGAAGUUGAUAUUUACAAAAAGAAAUAUCAAUUACUAUUGGAUAGAUGUGAAGUUUUACAACAGGAAAAUGAGAGGUUGGUCUACAGAAUCCAGAAAGUAAGGAAGCUUCUUCGACGCACGAGGAAAGAGAAAAAAUUCUUGAUUGAUCGAUUGGAUCGACAUGGAGAUCGAUGGCGGGAAGCUCCAAUGGGUGUACUUGAAGAGAACAGUGUGUUUCAAACAACUCCAAAAUUAGAGAAAGGGGGAAAAGGUACCUUUCAUAAUACUAAAGAGGAGAAGCCCAGAAAAGGAGCAAAAAGAAAGAGCACAAAAGCUGAUCCAAAUGCACCAAAAAGACCUGCUAAUCCUUUCUUCCAAUUUUGUCAAGAGCAAAGACCUCGUGUGAUGGAACGUUUAGCUGGAGAACCAGAGCCUAGUAAGCAAGAACUUACUAGACAACUGGCAACUACUUGGAAAUCUCUCAGUUCUGAGGAUAAAAAAGUAUAUUAUGACAUGUAUGAAAGAUCCAAAGAGAAAUAUGUCGCUGAAAUGCAAAUAUAUAAUAAGAAGACUGAAGAUGCACCAUGUCAAUUGUCAAUAAAUAUAACAUAAUAUUUGGCAAAGGAAUGAAUAUUAAUUGUGG